UCGAUGGUCAGACGCUGGAGAGUUUUGCAAGGCAAAAUCAUGCCGUCACCCUGGAGAGCCAGAAAAUGGCAGACUUGUUAUUCUAACAGAUCUCAUGUUUGGUGCAACAGUAAACUUCAUCUGUGAAGAGGGGUACAGACUAAUUGGAAAUGCAGAAAGAAAAUGUGUGCUUGAAGGAUCACAAGUUAUAUGGGACAAAGAUAUUCCAUACUGUCAAGUGAUACCUUGCCUGCCUCCUCCAGAAAUAGAGCACGGGACACAUACUGGGACAACGAUGGAGGAAUUCAACUAUGGGACAUCUGUCACUUACCAGUGUAACACUGUAGAAAGGGGACGGGUUCCUUUCUCACUUAUUGGAGAGCCCUCCAUUCACUGUACAUCCACGGAUAAUAUAAAUGGAGACUGGAGCGGGCCUGCCCCUGAAUGCAAAGUCGUUCGCUGUGAACAGCCAAGAGUUGACCAUGGAAAACAGAUGACUGGAUAUAGUCCUGUAUACACCUACAGAGCCUCUGUUCUGUUUGAGUGUGAACCCCGCUACACCCUCAAAGGCAGUAACGUACUUCAAUGCAAUGAAAAUAGUAGAUGGGAUCCUCAGUUACCAGUUUGUGAGCGAAGUAGCUGUGAUGACCCACCUUACAUUCGUAAUACUUUUCAAGAUCAUUCUAACAGCAACUUGUUUCCGGCUGGUACUGUAGUGAAAUAUAACUGUGUGGAAGGUUAUGAAUUAAUCCCUGGAAUAUCCUCUGCGAGUGUUACCUGUCAAAAAGAUUUUACAUGGUCUGAACAUCAAGAAUUUUGUCAGAAAAUUAGCUGUCCAUAUCCAAACAUUACCAAUGGAAGAGUGACAUCUAGAAAAGAAACCUAUGUGUAUAAGGACGAGAGUCGCAUUGAAUGUAAUCCCGGUUACGCCCUCAAAGACCAUUAUGGAUUGAUUAAGUGUGACCGUAAUGGUGCAUGGCAUCCUCCAUUACCAGUUUGCGAACGAGAUUACUGGAGUGUCUUCCACAAUUCUACCUCCAUAGCUUUGGAAACAGAAAUGAAUCCACAAGGACAAAGCAUGUCCCGGUGCAGGUUUGUGAGCCACCUGCAAGCAUCUCUAAUGGACGGAUCACCCGUGGCUGGAAAAAUGAUUACUUUGUUGGCUCAAGUGUGA